AUGGACAAUGCUCAAAAAAUCUUGUACAGAGAUGUGAUGCUGGAGACCUACAGCAUCCUGUUCUCCUUGGUUGCUGUGAAAAGGGAUGACCUGGUUAGGACCAACCAGGAAUGUCAGGACAAAAGUCUGAAUCUUAAUGUUAAGAAAAAUAACAAUACAUCAACUCCAAAGAUAGCUGAAUUAAGAAAAACAUUUAAUUUAAGUUCAAGCCAUAUUCCCAAACUAAUUAUCAGAAAGAGAAAUUAUUCAAGAAUUAAACCCGAAGAAUGCAAUGUAUGUCACAAUGUGUAUCCCCAAAGUGGGUCUGAUCAACUACAAGCUGAAGAGAAAUUUGAUGCCACUAAGGUACCUGGGAACUCUCUCCAGUUCUAUGAGCCUCUUAGUCAAUGUCACAAGAUUCAGACUGUGAACCAGACAUCUGAGCAUAUUGGACAAAGUGAAGUCUUCACAAGGAAGGUGUUCUGUAAAUCUGAGAGGGUUUGUAAGGGAGAAACCUGUAAUAAGUCAACUAUCACUGUUGGAAAGGCAACUCAAAUAGUAAAUACUUUCCAUGAAAGCGCUAACCUCAGUGCACAUCAACAAACCCACAUAAGAGAGAAAUUUUAUGAAUAUAUUAGGUAUGUGGAGCCUGUUAUUUACCAAUCACAUCUUGCCAUAAAUCAGAGGCCUCAUUUAGAGAAAAAACCCUAUGCAGGUAAACCCUGUGAAAAAUCAUUCAGUUGUAAUUCCUGCCAUAGCAUCCAUCACAGUACUCACACACAGGGAAACCCCAAUAUGUGUGUUGAAUGUGGAGAUACCACUCACCAGGAGUCAGAUUACAUUAGACAACAGAAAAUUCACAUACAGAUGAAACCUCAUGAGUGUAUUGAUAGUAGAAAAGCCUCUUUCCCAAAACCAUACCUCAUAACGGAACAGAGAAUUCACACAGAGGAGAAACCUCAUGAAUGUAAGGACUAUGGAAAAGAGUUUUUGAACAAGUCUGACCUCAGUAAUCAGCAGAGAAUUCACAAAGGGCAGAAGCCUUAUGAAUGCAAUGACUAUGGAAAAGCCUUUGGUCAGAAGUCAAACCUCACAAUGCAUCAGAGAAUUCACACAGGGGAGAAACUUUACGAAUGUAAUGACUGUGGAAAAGCCUUUGGUCAGAAGUCAAACCUCACAAUGCAUCAGAGAAUUCACACAGGGGAGAAACCUUAUAAAUGUUUUGACUGUGGAAAAGCCUUUGGCCAGAAGUCAAACCUCAUAAUGCAUCAGAGAAUUCAUACAGGGGAGAAACCUUAUGGAUGUAAUGACUGUGGAAAAGUCUUUGGCCAGAAGUCAAGUCUCAUAAUGCAUCAGAGAAUUCACACGGGAGAGAAACCUUAUGAAUGUAAUGUCUGUAGAAAAGCUUUUGGCCAGAAAUCAAGUCUCAUAAUGCAUCAGAGAAUUCACACAGGAGAGAAACCUUAUGAAUGUAAUGACUGUGGAAAAGCCUUUGGCCACAAAUCAAACCUAAUGAUUCAUCAGAGAAUUCACACAGGGGAGAAACCUUAUGAAUGUAAUGACUGUGGAAAAGCCUUUGGCAAUCAGCCAGACCUCAUUAGACAUCAGAGAAUUCACACAGGGGAGAAGCCUUAUGAAUGUAAUAACUGUGGGAAAGCCUUUGGCCAGAAGACAAGCCUAAUAAUGCAUCAGAGAAUUCACACAGGGGAGAAGCCUUAUGAAUGUAAUGACUGUGGAAAAGCCUUUGGCCAGAAGUCAAGCCUCAGAAUGCAUCAGAGAACUCACACAGGUGAGAAACCUUAUGAAUGUAGUGACUGUGGAAAAACCUUUGGCCAGAAGUCAAACCUCAUAACGCAUCAGAGAACUCACACAGGUGAAAAACCCUAUAAAUGUAGUGACUGUGGAAAAGCCUUUGGCAAUCAGCCGAACCUUGGCAGACAUCAGAAGUCACACAGGAGACAUUACAUGGGGAAAAACCUUAUGAAUGCAAUGAAUGUUGGAAAGCUCUUUGACAAAAUCACGCCUUAUCAGAGAAUUCACAAGGUAGCAACUUUUGAAUGUAAUAAAUGUAAGAGAUCCUUUUGUCAGAAGUAA